UAGAAAUUGUAUUUCAUUCUGAUUUCAACCCCUAUCAAAGUCAUAGACAAUGGGAAAGGGAAGAAGAAUAAGAGUUUUUCGACGCCAACUCGGCUGGAAAAAAUCAAUUAAUAAAGCGGCCAAAGCUUUGAAAAAAUUGGCAAAAAUUUUUUGCAGACGACAACAGGAAGAACUUGAAAAGGAUCCAUCCAAAGGAGAGUUGCCUCCUGCAGUCUUGAAUAUCAUACUUGACUGGGCAAGAAAACAGUCUAGAAAACUGUGUGUAUGCAUGCAAAGUCAAGAGAGAGAAACGGAGAAUUUUGAGGAAAAUCUUCCGUCGGCACCAGAUUCUACAAAAAGCCUUUCCGUAUGCAGUCAGCCUGCCAGACUACUUCAAGACGCAUGUUGUUCCGGACAUCACAAUAAAAACAACAAAAAAGAAGAAGCAACAUCUUUGUGGUAUCAACUAUCACCGUCGUUUUCAGAAGAGGAUCUUAGUCGAGAACCAACUUCUUCACACCCAUUUGAAAAAAUAUUGAGGGAACGAAAUAGCCUCGACUACAUUGAGAGAAUGGACAUAGAAUAUGCUAAAAUUAGAUCAUUGGAUUCAGAUGAAAGUGAAUCUCCCGACUACAUGCUGGCUCUAUCACGUCCAUCUGAGCCGAAUCCAUUUUUCAGUCUACCAGGAAACACACCACCUCUUUUUCCAUCAGACUGGAAUUUUAACAAGGAAUCAAAGGGUUGUCUCGAAUGUAAAUCACUUACUCCUACCUACUCCUAUCACUGA